AUGUUCAUGCUCAUUCGAGACGGACAGGGAGGGGGAGGCAGUGGUAGCGGGAUGAGUGCUGCAUCAGAGAGGACGCCAAAACAGGUCCAAGCUGCUAUUAAGAAGACGGUGGAGAAACAGAAGAAGCAGCUUGAGAAUGGUGAGGCCUUCGGGAACACAUCUAAAUCUAACUGUGGACGGAGACAGAGUCUGUCUACACAGUAUGAAAGAACCGAAGAUGGAGAUGAAGAGGAGGAUGUAGAGGCAGUAGCUGAGACAAUGGAACAGCACGAGAAAGAGGAAACUGACCUAACUCCCAUUGUGGAUUCCAUGUUUGGCCAAGACAGGGAUCUCCGUCCGGAGGAGAUAGAAGAGCUGCGGGAGGCUUUUAAAGAGUUUGAUAGGAACAAAGGAUACAUCAGCUGUAGGGACCUGGGUGAGUGCAUGAGGACUAUGGGAUACAUGCCGACAGAGAUGGAGCUCAUCGAGCUGAGUCAGAAUAUCACUGGGGGGAAGAUCGAUUUUGAGGAAUUUGUGGAACUGAUGGGCCCUAAAAUGCUUGCAGAAACAGCAGACAUGAUUGGAAUCAAAGAAUUAAAAAAUGCCUUCAGAGAGUUUGACUCGAACGGAGAUGGGCAGAUCAGCAUUAGUGAACUAAGAGAGGCAAUGAAGAAACUGAUGGGUGAGCAGCUGAACCCUAGAGACAUUGAUGACAUCAUCCGUGAUGUGGACCUCAAUGGAGACGGACAAGUGGACUUUGAAGAGUUUGUGAGGAUGAUGUCACGCUGAUGGUUCAUCGGAG